AUGGAGCCAUCUAUCUUCCUCUUUCUAGCUACCUUUACUGCCAUUGCGAAGAGUGCAGCACUAAGCAAGCGUCAAAGCGUCGCGACCUGCUAUGGAGACAAAGGCCCGAAUUUGAACGAUUGUGACAGUCUGAUUGCUCUUCUCGGCUGGACUGGUACCCCCACCAGCAAAAUCGAACCCGACCCUAGUGGCGGCCUUACCUUUUACCAUGACCAUCAUGCUCUGAACUGUGAGAUUGGUAUUGCUUGGAACAACCCAAAUAACCGUCUCAGUAUCAUCACUUCUUCUCUCUUGCCCUACAUCAACAUCAUCAAGGACAAGUGCAUUGUUCGUAGCGAAGCUGGCGGUGAGUCGGACAGUGUUGACGACAAUUGGACUGUGCGCGUCACAAAUGAUCCGCGGUAUAAUCCUCUUACCAAGCAUCGUCGACAAGCGGAAGGCGACACCUACAGCCUCGAAGUCCUAAGCCGGGCAAUCGAACGUCCCGGCUUCCGCCAAAAAGUCGGCCCGAGCCUCCCGAGCGCCAGUUCCUACACAGUUACCAAGGGCGAAGCCAAUACCAUCUCUGUAGGAGCAUCUUUCGAGAUCAGUGGUGGUUUCUUCAAGGUCUUCGUAGCAGGUGUAAGCGCCAGUUUUGAGAGUAGCCACACUGUUGAGAACUCUCAGUCUACACAGAUCAAUGUCGAUUGCAUUGUGGCUGCCAGCCCCUGCAAGCCACUGACUUCAGCUGUCACCACUCUGCCUGAGUCUUCUUUGACGUCGAGUGCAACUGAAAUCGUUGAGUCAACCACCACCGAAAUCUCGACCGUCGUCGAGACCUCAGUUACUGAGACUCUCCCUUCUACCAUUACCGACACCACAAGCAGUGAUACUAUUAUUGCUACGCUCACUACCGCCUCGGCUGAUACCACCACACUUUUCACUGUCGAUACCUCAGCCACCGAGACAUUCACUUCAAGCGUUGUCGACACCACUAGUAAUGAGCUUGUAUCUACAACAGUUAUAACCAGCUCGGCUGAUACUACCACCCUCUUCACUACCGAGACGACUGAACAAACCACGACUCCCACUCUUUCUGAGACUACCACGGCUGAGAAGACCACUGCAACUGAAGCCGCAGGACCUACUGAUUUCUUUAUUAUCGCCGGCCCCGGACAAGCCCUUGGAGAAAAGCUUGAGUCAACCACCAGCCCAGGCUCAGUCGUUGCAUUCAAUAUCCAGUUGUCCCGAGGUGGCGCAUUCGGCCCUCGCCGUUUCGUUGUCGACGAUACUACUGGCAUGCUCUACAACGAAGGUACGCCCAUGUGCGCCGUCUUCGAUUACCUGGAUAAGAAGCGAGCAAAGACUAGCCUAUGCAACAACGAGAGUCGUGCGUAUGGAAUCUCCUACAUUGUCUGCGACCAAUCGCCCGCUCCCGGAGACGUCUUGCAUUGUACUGCUGCAAAGCUGGACUGCUGGCAGACUGGUCCUUCUAGCCAGCGAUGCCAGGAGGCUGAGUCAGACCCGCUUUGGAACAACCAGUUCUUCAUUGAACAUAUCACAGCGGGCGAACUGGCUGGGGAGAGCAGGCUUUUCUUCGGCGUGGAUAACUUGGCAGACACCUAUCAGACAUCUUACUCAACACUUGAAAAGGUUGAUCUAUUCGUUGAUUUUGUUGGAAUAUCUGCAGAAUAA